ACUUGGAGAAACAAAAUAUCUAUUUUCUUUCUUUAUUUUUCAGAUUGCGAUGAUAUUCUCUUAAACGGACGAGACAAAGAUGGGAUAUAUUCCAUCAAACCAAACUUUGCCGCGAAACCGUUCCAAGUAGAAUGCGAAUUCAAAGACGGUAAAGCCUGGACAUUAAUACAGAAACGAACCAAUGGCGCUGUGGAUUUCUACAGGAACUGGGAAGACUACAAAGAAGGUUUCGGCGACAUUAGAUCUGAAUACUGGUUAGGAAACGAGAAGAUUUAUUAUUUGAGUGUUCAGGCAACCUACGAACUCAAAAUUAAUAUGUGGGACUGGAGUGGAAUCACACACGGUCCUUCACAACAGACGGGUAACUACUACGAAGGAGGAAGUUCCUUUUUCUACAUAGAAGACGAAAAGAAUUUCUACAGACUCCGAGUACCAGAGGACUUUUAUGCCUACCAGAAUCAAGGACCUGGCAGUAGCGGUCUCCGGCUCCACAUCGGGCCCUUCACCACAUAUGAUCGACAGUCAAACCUUUUGCAAGAGAACUGUGCCAUAAAGUUCCACUGCGGCUGGUGGUUUCGAACGUGUGUUCGAAAUAGCAACUUGAACGGACGGUAUUACCAAGGCGGUUACAGGUUUCCGAGGAACAAGACACGUUCCCAGGACGACAUGUACUGGUACAGUGUCGGGCAAUCUUUGCGGAGGAGCGUCAUGAAAAUUCACCGGGUUAGCAAUGCCACGGCUAAAAUGUCGAAAUUACUCACAAGAAACUGACAACUGCUCAAAUAGUCACCGUCUUUCUCGAACAUAUACAUACAUACAUACGUACAUACAUACAUACAUACAUACAUACAUACAUACAUACAUACAUACGUACGCACGUAUAUA